AUGGCAGAUGAUUGCCUUUUUCACGGGCCGCAAGCUCCAAAACACGGUCGGCUUCCCGAUUCAUCGGGUCUUCGUCUUUCCCUUCCUCCGCUGCACGCAAUUUCUUCCGAAAUGGUGUUUCCCUCUGCCUACUCCACCUCCUCUUCGUUGUCACUGGAGAGAUUUGAGAGUGGAAACUUUGAUCAGCUUGAUAACUUCAUUUUUGAUCUCUUAACACUUUUCCUUCGCCGCGCUCAACUAACGGGUUGCAACAUGAUCGGGUCUUUUAUCACCUGGGGACUUGUGAUGGUUUUUGGUUAUGCUUAUCCUGCAUACGAAUGCUAUAAAACUGUUGAAAUGAAUAAGCCUGACAUCGAGCAACUUCGGUUUUGGUGCCAGUAUUGGAUCUUAGUUGCUAUAUUGACUGUUUGUGAGAGGAUUGGUGACUUGUUUAUUUCAUGGGUUCCAAUGUACGGUGAAGCUAAAUUGGCCUUUUUUCUAUACUUGUGGCUUCCAAAAACCAAGGGAACAAUAUAUGUUUACGACUCCUUCUUUAGACCCUAUGUUGCAAAACACGAGACGGAUAUUGAUCGUAAUUUGUUAGAACUGAGAACAAGAGCUGGAGAUAUGGCAGUUUUGUACUGGCGAAAGAUUGCAAGCUAUGGCCAGACUAGAAUAUUUGAUAUUUUGCAAUAUAUUGCUUCACAAUCAACGCCUCCUCGUCGUGCUCAGCAGCAACAGCAAGGACCUGGAGUCCGCCGAUCUUCUGCCCCAACAAAUCAGAGAUCAACUGCAAAAACUCAGCCCCAAAGUGAACAGCCCCCCUCUCCCACAUCUAGUACAUCUUCAAGUCAGCACCAAGAAAAUGUGGCAGAAGAGGAUGGGCCUUCAGAAUCUUUGAAAGCAGCUCUGCCUACCUCAGUCUUGAAUGCACAGAAAAUAACACCAGCACAAGCACAAGCCUAUGUCCACGUUGAGAGCACCCAAACUUUGAGCGCUACUGAGGAGCAAGUGAUGCCUACUGAUUCAGUACCUCCCUCAGCAAAUGAAACUGCUCAACCUCCUCCACAAGACGUGGUCAUGGAAGAAGCUGUACGAGUGACACGGGCAAGGUCAAGGAGAGCAGCACGUGGUGGAUCAAAUUGUUGA